GCCGCCACACCGACCCCGGCCGCCGCCGCCGCCGCGCCAUGGCGAUCGCAAGGCAAGUGCUUUGUCUGUCUGCUUUCCUGUGGCUGCCGCCCGCUCGCGCCGAGCCCAUCCGCUACUCCGUAGCCGAGGAGGCGGAAAGCGGCUCCCUGGUAGGCGAGCUGGCGGAGGACGCGGGGCUGACGCCGGCGCAGCUCUCGGCUCGCCGCGCCCGCCUGGUGUCGGAGGACGGCCGGCAGCAUUUUGCCUUAGAGCGCGGCUCCGGCCGCCUGCUCGUGGCGGGGAGGCUGGACCGGGAGGAGCUGUGCGGCCAGUCCGCCACCUGCAUGCUCCCCUUCGAGCUGCUGUUCUCCAACCCCCUGCAGUUCUUUCGGGUCGAGGUGGCUCUGGAGGAUAUCAAUGACAAUUCACCUGUUUUCCGAGAAGAUCGAGUUAGUUUUAGGAUCCCUGAAACGACCGAGCCAGGUUCACGUUUACCCCUGGAGUUGGCUCGGGACCUCGAUAUUGGCAGCAACACAGUCCAGACAUACAGCAUUUCUCCCGAGAACAAAUAUUUUAGUAUCUCCUAUGGAACUCGAAGCACAGGCAAGAAGUAUCUGGAACUGGUCUUGGAAAAGCCAUUAGACAGAGAGGAGCAUGCAGAGAUGAGUUUCAGUCUCAUUGCUGUAGAUGGUGGCUCUCCCCCUAGGACUGGGAAAACUGAAGUGAAAAUUGUCAUUCUAGAUGUAAAUGAUAAUGCUCCCAUCUUCACACAGGAGGUGUACAUUGGUGAGGUUCUGGAAAAUAUGCCAGAAGGCUCCGUAGUUCUAAUGGUGUUGGCAACAGAUGAGGAUGCGGGACUUAAUGGAGAAAUCUCCUAUGAACUCAGUGAAGCAGUGGGACAGAGUCACUCUACAUUUCUGAUUGAUUCCAUAACUGGGGAAAUUAAACUCACAAAACCUCUGGACUUCGAGGCAGCACAAAGUCACGAGCUGAGUGUAAGAGCCACAGAUGGCGGGGGACUCUCAGCCAUCUGCAAAGUGCUGGUGGAGGUGGUGGACGUGAACGACAAUGCCCCAGAGGUGGUGGUCAGCUCCUUCAGCAGUCCCCUCCCCGAGAACACAGCACCUGGCACGGUGGUUGCCCUGUUUACGGUCAGGGACCGGGAUUCUGGGGCCAACGGGAAGAUCUCGUGUGGCCUCGAGGAUCAGCUCUUCUUCUCGCUGCGGCCAGCCUAUAAGAAUUACUAUGAGCUGGUGACAGUGAGCGCGCUGGACCGCGAGGAGACGGCUCGCUACAUCCUCAGGGUGACGGCAGCAGACGCGGGGUCACCUCCUCUGACGAGCACGCAGACCUUCACCGUGGACAUCUCGGAUGUCAAUGACAACGCCCCCGUCUUCAACCAGACGUCGUACACCAUGUACGUGCGUGAGAACAAUGUGCCCACGGUGUUUGUUGGAGCCGUCAGCGCUGCCGACGCUGACGUGGGGCUCAAUGGCAAGGUGAGCUAUUCCCUGGCAGCGGUGCAAGCGGCAGAGGGGCCUUGGUGCUCGUGCGUGUCUGUGAACUCUGAGAACGGGCACGUGUUUGUGCUGCGGCCCCUGGACUACGAGCGCUUGAGGCAGACGGAGGUGACGGUCAGUGCCUCUGACGCGGGCUCUCCUCCCCUCAGAGCCAACGUCAGCGUCCGCCUCGUGGUGCUGGACGAGAACGACAACCUGCUGCUCUCCAACCCCCUGCAGUUCUUUCGGGUCGAGGUGGCUCUGGAGGAUAUCAAUGACCAUUCGCCUUUUUUCCGAGGAAAUCGAUUAAGAAUUAGGAUCCCUGAAACGAGCAACCCUGGUUCACGUUUCCCGUUGGAGGUGGCUCGGGACCUCGAUAUUGGCAGCAACACAAUCCAGGCGUACAGCAUCUCUCCCGAGAAUAAUUAUUUCAGUGUCUCCUAUGGAAGUCGGAGUAAUGGAGACAAAUAUGUUGAACUUGUUUUGGAGAAGCCACUAGACAGAGAGGAGCAUGCAGAGAUGAGUUUCAGUCUCAUUGCUGUAGAUGGGGGCUCUCCUCCCAAAAGUGGCACCAUCGAGAUCUCUAUUAUUAUUCUGGAUGCAAAUGACAAUGCUCCCACAUUCAAACAGGACCAUUACAUUGUGAAGGUUUUGGAGAACAUGACAGAAGGGUCUGUGUUUCUGCAAGUGCUGGCAAUAGAUCAGGAUGCAG